AUGUCUCUAAUACACACAGAUACCUCAAACUAUCCGUUCCGCUUUGUUCCUUUUCUUCGACAAGAAUAUUCAUUCUCACUAAAUCCUGAUCGACCGGUAUGUCAAUAUUAUAAUUCUAAAGAAGGUCCAUCGUCAUGUCCAAAUGGUACUAUGUGUCCAAACAAGCACGUACUGCCCAUAUUCCAGAAUAAGAUUGUAUGUAAGCAUUGGUUAAGAGGCUUGUGUAAAAAAAAUGACCAAUGCGAGUAUCUGCACGAAUAUAAUCUGCGUAAAAUGCCGGAAUGUGUGUUCUUCACAAAGAACGGUUACUGUACUCAGAGUCCUGAGUGUCAGUAUUUACAUAUAGAUCCAAACUCAAAGAUACAGCAAUGUGAGUACUACAUGAUGGGCUAUUGUCCUCUUGGACCGUCAUGUGCUAAGAAACAUGUUAAGAAAGUCAUCUGCCCGAAAUAUGUUACAGGAUUUUGUCCACUGGGAAAGGAGUGUGACUGGGAACAUCCGAAGUUUGCAGUACCUAACGAACUGAGCAAGCUUCGUAUCAAGAAAGAUGGCGAAAUCAAUACUAAAAAACUGGAUGAAGAAAAGGAAAGAAGGUUAAACGCCAUUAUUAAUGGGGAGAUUGUAGUGUGA